UUUUCACUUGUAUACUACAAUGUACAGACGGUUUUGUUAUCGUUAACAAAGUUGUUUUUUCCCACACUAAAUUUUUAUACAUUGAACGUUUUUAGCGUACGAAAACGUUAAACGAUGUCUAGAGCCCAAGCUGAAAGUGUCAUAAAGAAUAUAAUCCGAGAAAUCGCUCAAGAAUGCGCGAAUAAAGGCCAAGCUGUAUCAGAGACUCUAGUUGCUUUCAUGGUAAAAGCUGUUGUACUGGAUCCAAAUAAUGAGUUCAAUGUUGAUAGAACACUGACAAAGGAUGAUGUGCAAAAGCUUAUCAGACUGUGUGUCACAAGGCUCCUCGACACGCAGUCACCUGCCCUGGAUACAGUUAAAAUGCAAGUUUAUUUUGAUAUGAACUACACAAGCCGAGCUGAUUUCUUAGAAGAACACAGGCGUGUACUUGAACAAAGAUUACAGCCUGUCAUUAGGGAAAUUACUGACAGUCGUGCCAGGACAAGGGAUGAACUUGAAGGGCUUUAUAGGAAGGUAGUAUCCUGUGUCUUGCUAAGAUCAGGGCUUGGAUCACCUACAGAUAUUGCAGUUGUGAGAGAAGCAACAGCUGCUCUGCAAAGUGUUUUCCCACAAACAGAACUUGGAACAUUCAUGUCACUAAACAAACGAGACAAGGAGAGACAACUAAACGAGUUGACUCUGAUAGUGACUGGAAUAAGGUUAUUCAACAGGGAGUGCGGCAAGGGUGGAGAAGGCAUAGAUGACUUGCCAGCAAUCCUUAAUGAAGCUGUACCAGCAACGACUCAGAAUGUACAGACAGAACUAUUGGGUUCCACCAAGCUAGCCUUUCUGUACACAGCACUGUUAGAAAAGGGAAGAAAGAAAGAGUUGGAAAUUGAGGAAAAUGUACAGAAACUCCUCUCUGAAGCUCUCAUCAAUACCAGACAACAUGAAGCAUUUCUUAACAUACUACUGAACGAUGUUAUUGGUUGUGCUCAACAAGUAGAAGCCCUAGAGUCUCAGUUAUCUGCCAGGAUGGAGACUCUCAAGAUGACAGUACAGUCCAAGACUGCUGUCCCAACUGCUCAAGUCUAUCCACAGUUUAUCACGCUUGCUCACAUCUGGACAGGAUUUCAAGAUGAGAUGGUGUUACUAAGUGUACUCAGCAAUAUUCUUGCUAGUUUGGAGCCCUUCACCAAGGUUCACAAGGAAUUAUUAACAGAGGAUGUCCUUGAACCAUACUUAGAAAACAUCGAGGUCAAGACAGAUGAUGAGAGGAUUGCUGAAACAUUAUCUGAAGAGAGUCGCAUCAAUCCAAAAGAAAUCAACAAUGAUGACAUAGAAGUGUUAUUUCACCAGACCACCAAGAAUUUUGACAAACUGCCAAUUCAGUAUCGGGGAUUUUGCGGGUGGUCAUUAGUAGCAUAUGAUCGCCUUCUCUUGCUCUCCAACCCAGCUAUUGGUGUGAUUCUAUAUAAGAAUAACUACUAUGCGUUCAAAGACAAGGAAGCAGCUUACGAGUUCUCUAAUGCGCCUGACAGUUAUAUUACAGAAGUAGCUGAGGCAGCUAAGAGAUCACCUGAAUUGAUUCAGCUUCUGGAACUACAUACACAAUUUGCAUCCAUUACGCCCUACACUCAGCUGCGUGACCAGGGUCGUAUGAUCGAGGCACCCAUCACCAAGUGCGACAGUGGUACCCAGACAGACACCCAUUUCAUAGAAACUAACAUUGUCAAAUCGUAUGAAUGGAAUGAAUGGGAGCUGAGACGCAAAGCGCUGAAACUAGCCAACUUACGCACCAAGUUAACACACUCGGUACAGACUAAUCUGAGUAAUUUUCGACGAGAUAACGUCAGCCAAGUCUACCUGCCCAGGGAGAUUUCUACUCAAACCAAACGAGAAAACUCAUCGAAUGUACCCAAACCCUCUCGAUAUAUCGCUGGUUUACGAGGCUGUAAUUCUACCAAGACAACAAUGAACCUGGUCGACCUCACCCUGGAUGUAGAUCAAACCUAAAAACACGUUUGUAUAGUUGUUUUAUAUUAGGUGUGCUCGUGUAUGUAAAGUAUUCAAUAAAGAUUUGUAAAGUUUUAACA